AUGGCUAUGGCACUGAGAUGAAGUACAUGAACAAGGAUAGAGAGAGCAAAAGUUCUUCUAUAUGUGGAACAGGUACACGUAAGUCCACUAGAUGUCUUCAGAAUACGGUUAGUAAGCCAUAUUUACGGAGGAAAGCAACUGAGAAACGUAAUCAUACUAUUGUAGACAAGGGUCAAGUAGGAUCUAAUAUUGCCACUGGUGUUAAAUCUUUCACUGAUCUCCUCAAAAAUGCAGUGCUUCCAGCAAAGAGAAAAGUGCCUAAAGUGAAAGCCCUAGAUCUCGCUAAGGAAACAAAAAAACAGGAAGAGGAAAAGAAGAAACAGCGUGAGAUGAUGAAAGAAAAAUUGGAGCGCGAGCGAGAACGGCAGAAGGAAGAAAAAGCUAGGGAAGAGGAAUUGAAUCAGAGGAAAAAAGAAGAAAAAGAGCGCCAGCGAGAAAGACUGAAGGAAGAAAAAGCUAGGCAACAGGAAUUGAUUCAGAAACGAAAAGAAGUGGAGGCACAGAGAAAAGAAGCUGAAAUGCAGGAGAGGAAAAGGCUUAGAGAAGAUGAAAAGAAGGAGAAGGACAGAAAAAUGAUGCGCAAGGAGCCACAGAAGAAAUUACCUGCCGGGAAAGAAGAGAAAGAACUGAAAUACAGAGCCGCCGAUGAAAAAGCAUCAACGAGAAAAGGGUUUCAAGAUGAGGAUAUGAAGGAUCUGAACCCAGAAAAGGUGAAGGCAAGAGAGGAGUGUGCAAUAGGGAGGCAGACUCAAGCAAAGGAACCCAGUGGUGUUCAUGAACAUUCCGUGGCUUUGAAAGAGUCUCACAGUAAUGAGAAUGCGGUUAAUUGUUUCGGUCAAGUAAAUGAAGUUGGUUCAUUGGCUACUGGUGGAACUCUGGAGCAGUCAUAUGACAUAUCUCCAUACCAGGGCUCGGAUGGAGAAGAGGACGAUGAUGUUCCUACUAGGAAGGUUGUUCCUUCUUGGUCCAGGCAGUGUUGUCUGGCUCCACUCUCUUGCUCCCAACAACCAAAAAAUAUUUUCAAGCUAUCAAGCUUUUGCGAUAUAAAUCAAGUUCUUAAAUCUCGGAAGAGCUCAAAGUAAUUACUGGCUUGGGAACUUUGGCUUCCUGCAUGUUGGGUUCCCUAAAUGACAUUCCACUGGAUAGUUUCUUGUAUAAAUAGAGGUAAAAAGUCUCCCGAAAUGAGCCCUUACGGCGCAAAGGAGUGAGACGACGCAGCUGGGUUUUUAUGGUCGAAAUUUAUACGAAUUGGAUCAUGGGUUUGUGGUUGAAGAACAACUGGGUCGUUUUUCAAAAUUGCAACUGGUGGUUUUGCAGCUGGGUUUUUGGUGGCUUUAUUGUACAUGAGUUGGCAGAGGCGGCAAGAGCUCAGCUGGAGAAGAAGGACCGGUUGAUCUUUCUUGUUGAACAGGCGGAGGAGGUAUGUUCUUGUUUUGUUUGGUUUUUGUUCUCUGAAUUAACAACUUUGAAUUUGACUAUACUGUUUGUGAGAUGCCAAAGACAAUGGAUAGGUUUUAGAUGCUAAACUUAAAAUUAAGUUAGUCUUCAAAAUUGAGACCCAAUACAAGUUUGUCAAAAGUGACUAAAGUUAGCUUCUAAUCUUAGCAGUUAAGUGUAGUAUGAAUGGAGUUUAGAAGCAUAGGUUGUUUACUCAGAUGGCGUAGCUGCCUUGUAAGUAAUUCGGGUACUAGGCUAUGAAUGCAAAAAAUCUGUAUUGUUUAGACAAUGGGUAAAAACAAUGGGCAGGUUUUAAAUACUAAAAUUAAGUUAAUUUUGGAAAUUAAGACCUAAUACAAGUUUGCCAAGUGACUAAAGUCAAUUUGCUGUAGCAGUUAAGUGUCAUAGUAUGGAUGGAGUUUGGAAGGGUAAGUUGUUCGUUACUUAGACCUUCUCGGAUGGCAUAGCCGCAUAAUUUAGGUAUCAUGCUAUGAAUUUGAGCUGGUUUAUUGCUUGGUUUGCUAUUUCGGAAUCAAUGGAAAAAUCUGUACUGUUUAGACUUGAGUUUGGUGAGAAUACUUGUUAUUAAGAAAUCUUGUCAUAUCCAAGGAUGUGUACAUCUGUUCAUUGUUAGAUUCAGAGACCCAUAUUAUGCUUGGGGUAUGGAGUUCAUUGUAGACAUCUCUUCAACUUAGGUGAAAAUGUGAACAGGAGGUAUUACCGAAGAUGAGAUUCAUGUUUAUGAAACUCAAGCUAGAUGGUUUUAGAUUUGAUGGAAUUGCUACUUAGUAGACUCAGAUUGAUUUCAGUAGAUUAUAUUACUUCGUGACACUGCAAUAUCUUUCGGAAUUGUGUAUUUUGUGUUUGAAAGACAUCUGCUUAUGAAUUAGCAUCAUCUCUAUUAUGGUAACUGAGCAAAUUAGCGUUUUACUGGUAAGUUGUUGAAGGAAGGUUUGAGACCAAGGGAUAGAGGACCAUUAGCGACAGAAACUAACUUAAUAGGGUUGAAUGUUACCAACAACCACACAACACUUUUUCGAAUGAUUUUACUCAUGAAUGGUUACCAAUGAUUUCACUCAUGAAUUUGCUCUAAGAAUUUUACCUCUUUGACAGUGCUUUAAAAUGUGGAUGGACUUAAAGGAUUAACAGAAAUGAGUACCAAGAGUUAAACUUACAAAAGCAUUUUAGAAUCCUUAUUUAGUGAAUUUGCAGAUAACUUACUUGGAGCUACUUACCUUCCUGAUCAUGUACAGAAAAUAACCACUAUGGUAAAGUCAUUUGCAAGAUGCCCAAUCAUAGUCCUGUCAAGUUUCCAAGAUUGGGUCAGAAGACUGUCCUUUUGUAUGUUUUGCACUCAAAUGGUGACCUUAGAAUGGUUAAGAACAUGGUACAUGAUCAGGCACUACAUGAAAUGGUAAUGAUGGAUUCCCAUUUGUUGCUUCUAGUUAACUAACUGUAUGCUGCACUAACCGUGGUUCCACCAUUGGCUAUGUUUUCCAAGUCUCAAUUAGUGGCUUCAUGUGUAUUUUUGCACCAUUUGACCUAUUUCCGGUUCUCUUAUUCUAAAAUUCUUAUACUGCAAAAUUUACUUUUACCUAAUUUUGUGCCCAAUCAUACGUCCUGUCAAGUUUCCAACAUUGGGUCAGAAGACCGUCCUCUUGUAUGUUUUGCACUCAAAUGGACCUUAGAAUGGUUGAGAACAUGGUACAUGAUCAGGCACUACAUGAAAUGGUAAUGAUGGAUUUCCAUUUGUUGCUUCUAGUUAACUAACUGUAUGCUGCACUAACUUUGGUUCCACCAUUGCCUAUGUUUUUCAAGUCUUAAUAGUGGUGGCUUCAUGUGUUAUAAUAUUCUUCUCUGUGCCUUUAGAAAAGGCGCGUCGCGGUUAAUCAAACAUAUGAACGAAUCAAACAAUCAAUUUGUAUUUCACCCAAAUUAACCCAAAUAUCCAAAACCCCAAAAACCCUAAAUUCAUAUUCAAAAUUUUCAAAUUAAUUCAAACAUCGUCCUACUGCUCCUUCAAUCCAUAAUCAAGGUUCUACAUUCAAUAGGAUCAAAUUCUAACGUUUUUAACAAAAAUCAAAAACACAAAUUAAACUAAAUCAAUAAAAAUUUAGAUUUCAUACCUAGCCUUGAUUUGUGGAUAAAAAACACCCAAA